AUGGCAAGAAGAUUCACAAAACUACCUCUUCUCCCUGGAAGUACUUUCCGUGAAGUAGCAAAGGAGAAUUUUCAGAAAGCUCAAAUAUGGACCCACUACAGGGGAAUCCCUAUUUUGUCGGAUCGCCGUAGACAAGAUUCCGUGGAAAUGAUUGAACUGUAUCCAACGGAAAUGGCAAGAAAUUUAGCCCCAGCUUGGUUGCAGUACGAUAAGCAAGUUCUGUGCUUUGAAGGAUAUUUUCGAGAAGUGGUUGAUGAUGAUGUGUCUGCCUAUCAGAUUCGUAAUAUGAAAAUAUCCUUUUUCCUUGACGACGGUACAGUACAGGUUGUUGAGCCGAAACAGGUGGACUCUGGCAUACCACAGGGAUGUAUUGUAAAGCGCCAAAAGGUGCCGGCAGGAGAUUUGCAUAUACGGAAAUUUUUAUCGGUUUUAGACCUCAAUGUGGGGAAACCUUUGCUGAUUUUCAACCGGGUUUACCACAUUACGGAUUGCGAUGAAUUUACGAGGAAUUUUCUUAAGCAACUCGGUAUUAAUGUCCCACCAGCCCAACAGGUACCAACAGAUCCUGCUAUGGCUACUCGUAAACGGCAAUCAAACGUACAUAUUCGUCGAUUUGGUGUUAAAUCAAAUAAGCUCGCUCAAUUUCUCAAGAAUGAUGGAAAAGUUUUGAGAUUUAUGGCAUUUUGGGAUGAUUCUCAAUCGGAUUUUGGCUAUGUGCGAGAUCUCAUUCUUCUCUAUUACCUCGCUGAUGGUACAGUGGAAAUAAUUGAGAUGCUACCCCCAAGUAAUGGGCGUGAAGAAACAACGACUUUCCUCAAACGCAUGAAGUUGCCGAAAAAAUUGGAAUCUUUUACAGAUUUGGAUUUUCAAUCAUCAUUCACGGUGUUGAAUGUCUUUGGGGCAGGACUCACAGGUGGGCGUUUAAUACCCGACUCUAAGGCAUCUAUGGACAAUUCAAAAGAUUUUAUCACUGAGAAAGAUUUACAAAUUGGAAAAACAUUAUCCGUUUUUGGGCGUAACGUUGUUCUGAGUGAUUGUGAUACAUUCACAAAGAAUUUCUACAAAGAAAAGUAUGGAAUUGAAGAAUUCGUCACAGUCCAUAAACCCCUGGAUCAAAGUAUGAUAGCAGCAAAACAACCCGAAAAUGAUUUACCCCCUUUCAAUGGAUGGGGCUCGUAUGAGGAUUCCGAGAAGAAUUGCAAAAAUUUAGAAUUGAAACCAUCAAUUGAGAAUACGAAGAAAUUCCUUCAGAGUAAAAAUGAAAUGUUGCGCUUUGGGGCAAAAUUGAUAUCUAGAGUAAAAGAAAAUGGCGAGAGAACAUUCAUUAUAACGUACCAUUUAGCAGAUGAUACAAUUUCCGUGUAUGAGACACCAGUGAGAAAUUCCGGCUUUACUGGUGGACAAUUUUUGCAUCGUAUGCAAUUUUUUCUUCCCAAUCAAAAUCUCAUGGCUUCCGUACGCCCUAAAAUUUUUACACCCCAACAUUUCUAUAUUGGGGCAAAAAUUCAACUAUCAUACCACAUCUUUGAGAUUCUUUCUGCGGAUUGUCAUGUCUUUGAUUAUAUGGAGAAAAAUCAAAAUGUUUUCCCGUAUGCUAAUGUAGACACCAUAAUGACAAAGAUAAGGGAUGCUAUGCGACCUCACUAUAAAUCUUUCAUUGCACCCUACAUUCCGAGACUAGCAAUGAAUAAUAAUCAUGGAGGUUUAACGGCUAGUUUUGAAUUAAUGCAGGAGAUGCUUGUUAAUUUGCUUAAACAAAAUAUAAAUCCACAUGAAAUUCUAACAAUUUGCAGAUAUUUUGAUAAUAAUUCAACAGAAUCAUCUAUUAAGGAUAAAGGUAGUAUUGUUGAUUGGAAUAAAUUUAUUUCUUACAUUGAUUUGGAGCACAAUUUAAGACAAGAGACGGAUUAA